AUGGAGCUCUGCGCAGCUGUAUUACUUGUCACAACCGUCAAACAAACUCGCAAAGAAGAAAAAUCAGAUUCUGUAAAAGAAGGAAGGUUUGGAGGAUUCAUUCCAAUAGAUCAGCUACAAGUAACUUACUCUGAAGGUUCUGAUAGGAUUGGAACAAACAAUCUUCUUCAAGGAGAUUCUGUUUUGAUUAAAGACUUUCGUCACAAAGGUACAUGGAGGCCUGGUACAAUAGCAGAAGGAACUUCUCCUCAGUCUUAUGUAGUAGUUCUACGUGAUUGUCGUGUAUGGAAGAGACAUAUUGAUCAAAUGAGGAAGGGAGACAACUCUCUUGAAGAUAAUGUGAUAGUUGAAAAUAGUGAGGGAGAGAAUACAGAAGUUAAUAAACCAAUGGUUAAUUCUCCAACAUAUUCUACUACAGUACAACUGGGGGUACACAAACCUGAUAAUCCUAGUCAGUUGAAACAUCAUCAACAGACUAGUUUACCAAGAAGAGUAAGAUGGGAAGAUAAGUUUAAUUCAAAUCAAAGUGGCUCAAAAGAUGAAGUAAUUGUAUGCAAAGUUUCCUUUAGAACGAAUGUAUUGUUUGCGAGUUAUGCCCCUGGUCAAAAAUGUCAAUAA